AAAUUGAAAAUGGAACUCGGCCCAAGUUUUCUAUAUCUCAUAAUAGCUGUCACCUCAGUGGCUAUAUAUUUUUUGAGGAAAAACUUGAAUUAUUGGCAAAACCGGGGUAUACCUCAUGAGAAACCCCAUAUCCUAUUUGGCAAUAUGAUAGGAUUUCGUACCAAGCUGGGAUUUGGUGAAAUUAUGGCCAACUAUUAUCGCAAAUUCAAGGGUACCGGUCCCUUUGCUGGCAUAUAUCUGGGACAGCGUCCUGCUGCAGUGCUCUUGGAUAUCCCCACCAUCAAGCAGGUCUUGAUUAAGGACUUCUCCAACUUUACCGACCGCGGCUUGUACUAUAAUGAAAAAGAUGAUCCUUUGACGGGACAUUUAUUCUUUAUGGACGGUGAAAGAUGGCGCAACAUGAGGAAUAAACUAUCGCCCAACUUUACCUCAGGCAAAAUGCGUUACAUGUAUCCCACACUAGUUAAAGUGUCUGAAGAAUUUAUGAAAGUUUUAGCUGAACGCAUUCAAGCAGAUCCCGUGCUCGAGGUACGUGACUUGUUGGGCCGCUUUACCACCGACAUUAUAGGACGUGUGGCCUUUGGCAUUGAAUGCAACAGCCUGAAGGAGCACAAUACGGAUUUCAUGACUUUGGGAAGAAAAUCCAUUGAAGUGCCUCGACAUAAUAGCCUGAUAAUGCAAUUCAUAGACAGUUUUCCCAGAUUGGCUCGCAAACUGAAUAUGCGCAUUUUGCCCGAGGAUGUGCAUCAAUUCUUUAUGAGAGUCAUCAAAGAGACGGUGGAUUAUCGGGAAAAACACCAUAUAGAAGCCAAUGAUUUUUUGAAUUUGUUGCUGGAGCUGAAACAUGAUACGGAAAACAAAUCCGGUUUGGGAGGUCUGAGUUUUGAAGAGUUGGCAGCCCAGGUUUUUGUAUUUUUCAUUGCGGGCUUUGAAACCUCUUCAUCCACCAUGUCCUAUGCUCUGUAUGAGUUGGCCUUGAAUCAGGAGCUGCAAGAUUGUUUACGUGAAGAAAUCAGCGCGGCUUUUGAGAAUCAUGAAAUCACCUAUGAAGUGGUUAUGAAUUUGCCUUAUCUCAAUCAAGUUUUAAAUGAAUCUUUGCGCAAAUAUCCCAUUGUACCAUUUCUCACACGUCGUGCUCUUAAGGACUACUCUCUUCCCGAUUAUGCCAAAUAUACCAUAGAAAAUGGCACUACCGUCAUAAUACCCACUUUGGGUAUACAUCAUGAUCCCGAGAUCUAUCCUAAUCCCGAGAUUUUCGAUCCUGAGCGUUUUAAUCCUGAAAUGGCAAAACAGCGUGAAUCUGUGGAGUUUUUAGGUUUCGGUGAUGGUCCACGCAAUUGCAUUGGCAAACGUUUUGGUCAAAUGCAGUCACGCCUGGGAAUGGCCAGUAUUAUCAAGAACUUCCGAUUCUCAGUGUGUCCACAAACAGAGAUGAAAUUGAAAUUUGAUCCUUUGGCUCCGACUUUGACAACACAAAAGCCCAUCUAUUUAAAAGUUGAAGUUAUUAAAUAA